AUGCCAAACCAACACCUGGAAACAACACCCUGCCAACACCUAGAACCAACACCUGGAAACAACACCCUGCCAUCACCUAGAACCAACACCCUGCCAACAACUAGAACCAACACCCUGUCAACACCUAGAACCAACACCCUGCCAACACCUGGAAACAACACCCUGCCAACACCUGGAAACAAACUGCCAACACCUAGAACCAAAACCCUGCCAACACCUAGAACCAACACCCUGCCAACACCUAGAACCAACACCCUGCCAACACCUAAAACCAACACCCUGUCAACACCUAAAACCAACACCCUGCCAACGUCCAGAACUAACACCGAUAACCAACACCCUGCCAACACCUGGGACCACACCCUGCCAACACCUGGAACCAGCACCCUGCCAACACUUAGAACCAACACCCUGCCAACACCUGGAACCAUCACCCUGCCAACACCGAGAACCAACACCCUGCCAAUACCUGGAACCAACACCCUGCCAACACUUAGAACCAACACCCUGCCAACACCUCGAACCAUCACCCUGCCAACAACCAACACCCUGCCAACGCCUGUGGCCAUCACCCUGCCAACGCCAUCACUGCCAACGCCCGUGACCAUCACCCUGCCAGAACCAACACCCUGCCAACACCUAGAACCAGCACCCUGCCAACACCUAGAACCAACACCUUGCCAACACCUGGAACCAUCACCCUGCCAACACCGAGAACCAACACCUGGAACCAGCACCCUGCCAACACCUAGAACCAACACCCUGCCAACACAUGGAACCAAAACCCUGCCAACACGUGUAACUAACACCCUGCCAACACCUGGAAACAACACCCUGCCAAUACCUAAACCAUCACCCUGCCAACACCCAGAACUUACACCCUGCCAACACUUAGAACCAACACUGCCAACACCUGGAACCACCACCCUGCCAACACCUAGAACCAUCACCCUGCCAACACCCAGAACUUACACCCUGCCAACACUUAGAACCAACACUGCCAAUACCUAG